UGAAACCUGCAGUUUAGAAACUCCGAACAAGCUGAGCUGCUGAAAGGGUGAGCUAUUAAUUAAUUCAUUAUCAUUAAUUGGAUUUCUUACCUACGCUUCACCGCAGCAUAGAAAAAUACCACACAUUUGGUGGUGAAGAGAGAUUCUCACGAAAUAAACUGUUGAUCUCUCCCACUCAGAAGAAUGAAGGGGCUUGUGGCCAUUCUGCUUUGCGUGAUUGUCUUCCCAAAAGGUUUGGAGUGUGACACGGACGGUUGCAUCACCUCCUUGAAACGAGACAUCCUCAAGCUGAUGGUCAAAUGGGAAGAUGCCAGCUGCCUCCAGAACCAGCAGGGCCUGGUCCCAAACCUCCUCCAGACCCUCCCUCGGAGCUGCAAGGAAAUCAAAACGGCUCUGGAAGGAGCCCCAGAUGGGUUGUAUUUCCUGAGCACGGAGGAUGGUGAGAUCUACCAAACCUUCUGCGACAUGUCCACCAACGGAGGCGGCUGGACACUGGUGGCCAGCAUCCACGAGAACAACAUUUAUGGGAAGUGCACCCUGGGAGACCGCUGGUCUAGUCAACAAGGGAACAGUGGCAAUUACCUAAGUGGAGAAGGCAACUGGGCCAAUAACAACACCUUUGGGACGGCAGUGGGCUCAACGAGUGAUGACUAUAAGAAUCCAGGCUACUAUGACCUCCAAGCACAGGAUAUGGCCAUCUGGCAUGUCCCAAACAACACCCCCAUGAGGGAAUGGCGUGACUCUGCCUUCCUGAGGUAUCACACUGAGACCGGAUUCUUGUCCGUAGAAGGAGGGAACCUUCUCAGGCUUUAUCAGCAAUACCCAGUCACGUUUGGCCUUGGGAGCUGCCCAGCUAAUAAUGGCCCCAUUGUCCCUGUCGUCUACGAUACUGGAAAUGCGCAGCAAACAGCCUUCUAUUAUUCUCCAAAUUCCAGAGGUGAAUUUGUCGCUGGCUACAUCCAAUUCCGGGUCUUCAACCAUGAGAAAGCUGCUGUGGCACUCUGCGCUGGGAUCAAAGCCAUUGGCUGUAACACAGAGACGUUCUGUGUCGGUGGAGGAGGGUACUUUCCAGAAGGAGGCCCCCGGCAGUGCGGCGACUACACCGCCUUCGAUUGGGACGGCUACGGCACCCACACUAGCUGGAGCGUUUCAAAACAGUUGCUGGAGUCUGCAAUGCUACUUUUUUACCGCUGAAUCCAAGACUGCUGCUGAUUCUCUCUGAGCACCAGAGUAUUAGACUGGAGAAUGAGGACGUUUCCGCCAGCUAAAUCUCAUCUCAUGUCAACAAGGCUAAUACAAUCAUUUGGUCCCUAUGAGUCUUAGUCUUUCUUGCAUCAUC